AUGAUCCGUUCGCUCUUGUUGGUGCGACUAAUAGUCUUCCACAUAGCCGUUCAAAUGGUGUCGGCGAGGGUAAAACCGAUCAACAUUUUCAACAGUGCAGCGGGUGCAGAUAUUCUUCACCUGAGAAAUAAAGGAAGCAAAAUGUUCGACGCACUCCAUAGCAACUCCAUUCCAAUAUGGAAUAAGAUUAAAGAUUCGCAUGGAAAUUUUGUCAUACCGUAUACAAUUAAUGCAACCUACGACGAAUCGCUAAAGAGAAUGAUUGCGGUAGCAAUGAGACGCAUAGAGGACAAUACGUGCAUUCGUUUCAAACCUUGGACGAAUGAACGGGGUUACAUCCAGAUCGAAAAUCGUGAUGGAUGCUCGGCAAUUGUUGGUCGUGCCGAAGGUAGAGGCCCAGUAUCGCUACAUGACAGCCAUAAGGGAACGUGCUUUUCUAACAGAAUUAUCAUUCAUGAAUUGCUCCACGUAACAGGACUCUUUCAUGAACAACAACGGCACGAUCGCGACAACUUUAUCAAAGUGCACUACGAGAACAUUAAAGAGGAUGAUUGGAGUGAAUUUGAGAAAGUGAAUCCUGACAAAUUUAACACACACGGUGUACCAUACGACUUCAAAUCGAUCAUGCACUAUGGUAAGCGGGCGUUUGCGCGCUCAGGAAAAAUAGCCAUCGAAACGCUCGAUCCUCGUUUUCAGGACGUUAUCGGCAAACAAAACGAUGCUUCUCCCAGCGAUUAUCAUAAAAUCUGCAAGAUGUAUCAAUGUUUAAAGUGCAUGGGGCAGAACAGCAGCGGUAGCGGCGGCGGCAAGGUUGAACAACCGGAGCCGACUAUUGCUCCAGAGCCAACUAUUGCUCUACUAUCGUUUCUGAACUGA